AAGUGCUAUUCUAUAAAUAUGUGCUGCUGAAUCAUGAGUGCGGAAGCCAUUUUGUUCAAUUAAACCAAGUGUGCAGUUUUUUAUCCCUGAUGAUUACAGAUUUAAAGGAGAGUGUUUGUGUUGGUGCGUAACCCGACUCUGAAUAUGUGUAACUUUCCCCACAUAAAUAUCAACUCUGAAUACAUUGAACGUCCUGAAAACACACUCACUACUGCUUGUCUUUCCUCCUCUACACCUGAGUAGUGGAAGGAUUUAUAAUCACACUAUCUGCUGACACCCUGAAGAGCUCGGGUUCCAUUUGGGAUCGAGGUUUCUCCUCAGGGAGUGUUUUUUGUUUUUUGUUUUUCAGUUUCUUUGUCUCUGUCGCUUCUGGUUUGUUCAUUAGGGAUCUAAAUCUACACCCAGAUAAUUGACUAGCCUCCACACAGGGUUUGUUGCUUUCAUAAUAUUGAUCCGUCACAAAAGGGCAGUCGUUCUAGACAUGAAGUGGCCAUGACCAGACAACACACUCAUCAUUCUGGUACACGAUGGAAUGAGAACACAGCAGCAGAAAUGCCCUGGUGAAUUAUUGAGAUUUUUUUUAAAUGAAGCGCAGGAUGAUCUCAGGACUUCAUAGUUAAUCUGUGAAAUAAAAUGGAUUUUAACUUUUCAAUGAUGAAGCAAAAUAAGUUCAGGUCCUGAAGAAAGUCACCAAAUCCGUGGACUUUGGCCUCACUGUGUCAAAGGAACCAUGAUGUGAUUCUUGUUUAGGCGCCAUCUUGGAUUGUUAUCUGAAAAGUUUCAGAGAUUUGUGAGAUGGAAGAACGAUGAGGCCGUGCAACCGUGGAGCACAGAUGCUCAUCACUACAGCUGGAGCUUUUGCUGCUUUCAGCCUCAUGACCAUCGCAGUAGGAACGGAUUAUUGGCUUUACUCGCCCGGCGUGUGUCGCACCGAGAGCACGGGCGACAACGAGACCAGCCAGAAGAACGAAGAGGUUCUUACGCAUUCGGGCCUCUGGCGUCAGUGCUGCAUGGAAGGUCUGUUCACAGGUGUGUGUAAAAACAUUGAUCAUUUCCCAGAAGACGGUGAAUAUGAACAAGAUGCAGCAGAAUACUUGCUCCGAGCAGUACGCGCCUCCAGUCUUUUCCCCAUCAUGAGUGUUGGGCUGCUGUUUGUUGGUGGAGUUUGUGUCGCCGCCAGUGAGUUCUACAAAAACCGCCACAACGUCAUCCUGAGCGCAGGAAUAUUCUUCGUCUCCGCCGGGCUCAGUAACAUCAUCGGGAUCAUUGUGUACAUUUCCGCCAACGCCGGAGAUCCGAAUCAGAGCGAGUCGAAGCGGAGUCACCGGUACGGCUGGAGCUUCUACUGCGGCGCGCUCUCCUUCAUCAUGGCGGAGACGGUGGGCGCGCUCACGGUGCACCUGUUCAUCGACUCGCACCGCACGCGCACCUUCCGCCGCGCGCCCCGGAACCGCGUGCACGCGUCGCUCCAGAGCCGCCGCUCCUCCAGCUACCGCUCGCGCUACCGCGGCCACGCGCACGCGCUCCUGCGCUCGCCAGGCGCCGGCCGCCCGAGCAACGACGAGGUCGCGCUCCGUUCGCUCCGUUACGCGCCGGCCACGCCCCUUCAUCAAACCGCGCACGCGCCCUACAUCAAAGCGGAGAACGGGCUCGCCUUUCACGCGCACAGCCACGGCGCGCAUCACGAGGAGCAGAACUCAGGCGCGCUCACGCCGAAGAAAAAAUGCGCGCUCCCGACUCUGAGCAGCAGCAGCGCCGCCACGAGGAGAACAACACCGGUGUGAAGUGAUCAAACCUCAUCAUCAUCCACUAAUGAACAGUUAGGAUAUUUAUUACAUCCCAUUUUAAACUAAAGUUAAUUAAUUAAUUAAUUAAUUAAUUAAUUAAACAAACUGCAUCUUUGGCUCGUGCACAUAACAUUUGAAAAGCUGCUUUAGAGAGAAAUGGAAAGAAAAAAGAGGCUUCUUACUAGUUAUA